AUGACAUCCCCGAAUAACACCAGAUAUACCCCGCCACAACUCCGCCCAAUAGCCCACCCUCCAAUCUACCUAACCCUUCUCAACCCAAACCUCUCCUCCACCCCCUCCACUAGCCUCCUUGCCUCCCCCAACACCUCCGUACCACCCCCUUCCCCCGCCAACUUCCUCCUCACAUCAAAACACCUCAACAGCAUCCUCGCGCGCCUCAUAUCCGGAUCCUCAUCUUCCCCAUCCUCCGCCGCGAACGCGCCUAAGCUGCCACUCCGCGUGCCCGACGGGCCAGCUGGUGCCUUCCUCGAAGCCGCAGGCGAAGCUGGUGUCCCGGCAGACGAUUUCCUCGCAGACUCAGGCAACCUCAGCGCUGUAGGAGUAGUCGAGCCCGACACAAAACGUCGCGACGCAGCGGCUUUUGCGCGCGCGAUGGCGGGCGCGUCGGGGAUGGAGAGGGUGCGCGAGGCGCAGCCAUCGGUGAUGGGGGGGGUGGGCGCGAGGCAGGAUAUCAUGUGGAUGGCUGCUGUUGGGUCCUGGGGGUGUUAGUGGAGUGUUUUGGGGGGGUGGAGAGGGAACGGACAGCUACGAAGAGGUCGCUGAGAUCGGCGAGGACCUGGGCUGUUUGGAGGGGUUCUGGUGGGCUGGAGGUUGACAUUGUGGGUGGG